AUGGAGGUUUUUGACACUGUAAAAGAGACUCUUCUAGCCAUCAUUUCCGACGGCGGCGACGACGAAAUCCACGUGGAAAAGCUUGUGGCGAUUGGAGGGCUGAUUAGACCGGAUGUGGUGGCGACUGCUUUCCAGCUAAUGGAGCGUCAAAAAGUGCGAGAAUUGAUCGUUCCCGCGUCGGAAAUUCGCCAAAAAGCGCGAAUUUUCGAGGAUUUUCAAGAAAAAUCGAUAUUCGACUGGAAGAGUGAAUGGGAAUUGAGGAGGGGGAAAAGAAAAAGAAGAGGGAUGGAGAAGUAUCGAGAGACGCAGACAAGACGAAGCUUUGUGGAGGUGGCUUUUUUUUGGAAUUUUUGA